GUACCGUCGACCCGCACAACCCAUUAUUGCAAGCUCAACAUCCACGGCUAAGCCACUCUCACGCGAGCACAACCUAACAUCUAAUCAGACCGCAGCUCACCGCGGAUCACCGCCGUCAAUCUCGCACUUCUCUGCUAGCAGCCACGCUUCUCCGCAAUGAAAUUGCUCAAUCUCUCUUUCGCCUUCGCUGCGGCUGCAGCUGCUUCAUCCCUCGCACCCACCGCCCAAGCUGCUAGGCUAGGAUUGGCAUGGGCUGCAGAUAGCCGCUGGUCUCCACGCAUCUUUGGCACCAGCUUGGGAGACAGAUCUCGACUUGACUGGGUCUGGCACUGGGAGGACGGACCGCUCACCGAAGUUCCCAACAUCGAAUGGGUACCGUGCUUUUGGGGCCCCUCGAAGACUGACAAGUGGAACUUGCGCAAGAAGGAGAUCAGUUUGAGGGCAACAAAACCUCAAGCCAUCCUCGCAUUCAACGAGCCCGACGUCUCUGGUCAAUCUAAUCUGCCAGAUGCUACCGCUGCUGCCACAUUGUGGAUGAAGGAAUUGGCACCGUUUAAGAAGACCGGAAUUCGGGUAUCCAGCCCCCAGAUCGUGUGGGACUUCAAUUGGCUUGACAAAUUUUUUGCCGCGCUCAAGCAGCAAGGCGGUGAUGUCGACUUUAUCGCCAUCCACUGGUACGGCUCCGCGCAAAAGAACCCUCUUGCGAAUCUGCAAGCUUACGUGCAAAAGGCGCGCAAGUACAACAAGCCCAUCUGGGUCACCGAAUAUGGUCUCAACACCAACGACGGUGGACCAUCCAUCGACGCUGCUAGGAAUUUCCACUACGCAGCUACCAACUGGAUGCUGAACCAAACCUACAUCGAGCGAAUCAGCCCCUUCGGCACCUUUGCGAGUGCACCUGACUCUUACGGCAGCCAGCGCAACCGCCACUUCAUGCCAGAUGGCUCCCUGUCCAUCCUGGGCAAGUUUUACAAGAGCGGGUAGAGUGGGCCCUCAACAAACCUUCCUUUACACAUCUUCCCUCCAAAAAGAAAGACAAAAAAGGCGACGAGCCAUUCUGAGCGUCGUUUCCUAGCUAUCCUUCUCUCCCCGCGUCACCAACUUUUGGGUCUGGACUUGCACUUGCACUUGCUGUCACCUUUUACCUCCACGUCA